GCCUAUUGGCUGACAGAUUGAUAGUAAAGAUGACAAGCUUCACAGAAUGUGAUGUUAAAGCGAAUGUGAUUUGGAUCCAAACAACAAAUGACAACUUGUGACGGCCAAAAUGUCUGCCCCACCGGAAAAGGAAACAUCUUUCCAGCGGUACACUCCGCAGCACCCACUGCCAGACAAAAUUCAGCAGAUGGCCCGAGAUGAAACCGUGUGCCAGUACUGCGGUGUUAGCUACCUCAUUCACAGUGAGAUUAAAGCACUAGAGAAGAAACUUGAAGCUGCAGAAAAGGAGCUGGAACAGCUGCGAGGUUGUGAGGUGCGGGAGAAAGAACUGCGAGUUAGCCUUGAUGAGUUGGAGAAGAAGACAAAAACAUUAGAAACAUCCCUGGAGGAUAGAAAGAAAGAAAAUGACCAGUUAGUUUUGAACUUAAAGACCGCUGAAGAAUCGUGUAAAACACUGAAAGACGAAAAUACGAAACUUGAGAAGAUGUCAGAGAAUCACAGAUUAAAAUGGACGAAGAUGACAAAAUGUCUGUCAAAUUUGUCUGUCUCUCUGACACUUCAAAAGUCAUCAGUCAAACAAAUAAAAAUGGAAAUGAAAGAACAGGAUAAAAUGAGAAUGGAAGAAUUUAUCCGGGUGAAAAACCAGUUUGUUAGUGAAAUGAAGGCACAAACAGAAGGAAAACAGCCGCGAGAGGAACUCCUGUCUCGUCUGGGUCACUAUGAGAUGGAGAACACUGUGUUGAAGGAAUCGUCGCGUCUGGCAGAUGACAAACUCCGCACGCAGGCCAGCAAGAUGGAGUGGAUUGAGAGACAGCAUGAGCAGCUGGAGAAGAAACACAAACAACUGAACGGUGAGAAGAAUCGACUGCAGGACGAAAUGAAUCAACUGAAGGACGAGAAGAAUCGACUGGAGGAGACGUGUCGACAACACGAGAGUAGUGCGAAAGGUGUGAAGAAUGAAGUAGAGAAGCUACGGGUAGCCAACAGGAAUCUCACAAUGGAGACGGACCAGUUCCAGAAUCAGCUAAAGUCCAAGUCUAAAGAGCUGGAUCAUGUGACUGGACAGCUGUCGAAGAGGGAUCAUCAACAUGAGGUGGUACUCAACAAUGUGAUGGUGGAGCUGAAAGCCAAAGAUGCAGAAUUACAAUUGUCGAAGAAAGAAUUGAAAAACCUGGAAAAUCUGUAUCGAGAACAAAUGCAGAAACAGCAGACGAUAAAUAGUCAAGCCGCAGCCACACUGAGUGAGACGAGAGAACUUAAAGAAGCAUUGACUCGAGCUAGAGCCGAUUUAGAAGCUCUCAAAAAUGAAAGGGAGUUGAUGAUAUCAGCCCACCACAACCGAAUUGAAGAACUCCGAGAGAGUUUUAAGAACCGGAUGGCCGAGACCGACCAUUGGCCACAGAAACUUGCUGAUGCUUUGCAAAAGGAGAGGAAUAAACACACAGAAGAAAUAUCCGUUUUGGAAAAGAAACUCAAACAAGAUUUUGUUUCUGGUCUGCAGGUGGAAAAAGAGAAGUAUGACCAGCUGAUGGUCAAGUAUCAGGAUCAGCUCAAGAACAAAGACUCAGAAGCUAAAAUACAGCUUGAGAAACAGAUGGCAGCACUGAAGUCUAGUCACAAGGUGGAGAUAAGCGGUCUCCGUAAACAAAUGGCUGACUGCAAGGCCCGGGCAGCGGAUGACGACAGAGACUUGAGGAAGGAGAUCGCCAGUCUUAAGAAGAUCAUCGCAGAUUUAGAGAACAGAAUAGGCUAUCUGAAUGAAGGAAGUGUGGAUGAGACCAAUAAGCUGAAGCGUGAACUGCAGCAAGCCAAGGAAGAACUCGUAGAGGUCAGAAAUCGUCUGUCUAGCACACAGGGACAACUCCAGCAGACCAAAGAGGAGGUGUUGUUUUUACAAGAGACGGUGCAGAAGGAAUGCGAGGAACGGUUCGAGCUGACGGAAGCCCUCAGUGAUGCAAGGAAGGAACUGUUACAGCUCAAGAUGCCGGCAGGAGGUUACAGUUCAGCUAACAGUCAAAGAGGGGUAACUCUAAGUAACAGUUCUGGAAACAUUAAUAUGUCAGCUAGAAGUCGGAACUCUGAUGACACCAAACAAAAAAGUGGUGAAUUUAUUUCUCCAGCCAACCAAAAUGUUGGUUUCCAUGGAGACAGUGCUAAGCGCCUUGGAAACCUAAAAGGAAAUUCUGUCAGCGAAAACAGAAAACGAAUCGCUGCCAUUUUGGGCAAACCUUGAAAUGUGCUUAAUUGUUUGAAAUUGAUUUAAUUCCGUCUUUUAUGUUUUGUAGAUAAAACCACAUGUUAAAUACAGUAUAUAUUUUUUUGUGUGGAAAUAUUAAGAGCUACACCAAAUAGUAUCAGAGUGGGUCAAAGUUCGAGGUGCACCCAUUUAUUUCCUUUCAUUUCAAGUUAUUUCUGUGCUUAUAUCCAAUUACAGUUAAAGCACACUGUCCUGGCCACACACCUCAGCUAUCUGGG